AUGUCAACCUUAUUCCUCAUUGGUACCUCUAAGGAACAAUUGGAAAGUUCUCGCCUCCCAUACUUGACGAGCGAGAACAAUGCCCUUUUUGACAGGACCAUUGUUCUGCCAGAUCUUAAGGCUUUGUUUGUUAGAUUAUACAAGGAUAGAAUGAUAACGUUGCCCAAUAUAUGGAAUUAUGAACGUGGUGUCUCAUUGGUAUUAUACAAUCCAUCGGAAAAUAAAGAUGAGUCUCAUCUGUCCGUGCGACAACUGAAUGAUAUAUUAGAUAGGUGUUUACCGACUUUUAACGUGACGGCAGUGGAUUAUACCAACGAGGAACAAUAUACACAUUUCUUUGAAGAUUUGGAAGAUGAAAUUAGAAUAUCUCAAGAUAGUAUCUUAAGAUUGAACCAUUGGAUGUACCAUCAUACUGAAGAACAUUCUCCUGUUAAUAUGCAAGAUUCUUCAUGUGGUACCAACAUAUAUUCUAUGCUUAGACAUUUAACAAAUUCUGAAAAAUUUAAACAAAUGAAGCCAGUAACUUCGGAACAUGAAGAUCUACCAUCUUUCAUAACAGAUAUUCAAUUCAAGGACUUUUUAUCGGACACGCAGAUAGAUGAGACUCAUUAUUUAAAUUUAUUAUCCACUUGGAAUUUUGCUGCCUUAAAUCUAACUACGGAAGAACUAAUAAUUUGUGGAUUUCUCUUAAUACGGAAGUUAACGAGAGAAACAGGAAGGAAAGACCUAAUACUGGAUGAUAAUCAAUUAUUAUUUUUAUUUUUCACCAUUGAAGCAUCAUAUCAUCAAGUUAAUAAAUUCCAUAAUUUCAGACAUGCAAUCGAUGUCAUGCAAGCAACGUGGCAAUUAUGUGUCAAUUUAAAAUUUAAAGAUCCAAUUCAUAUCUUGCUUCUUUGUAUUGCAGGUAUUGGUCAUGAUAUUGGUCAUCCAGGGACAAAUAAUCAAUUAUUUAAAGAAUCUACAUCUUCACUGGGAGAAAAAUUUCAAAAUCAAUCUGUCCUGGAAAAAUUCCAUGCUGAAGUAUUUCAAAAUUUAAUUUUCCAUCAAUGGCCACAAUUAUUCCAAUUAUCACAUGAAAAUUCAAAUUUAAUUAAAGAAGCUAUCCUAGCCACUGAUAUGGGGUUCCAUACAACUUAUGUCAAGAGAUUAAAUGAACUAAUUCAAACUCCACCAACAGACAAAAACCCGGUCGAUUUUAUUACUCUUAUUUCAUUUGUUAUAAAGGCAGCAGAUAUAUCCAACGUAACGAGACCAUUAAUCAUAUCUGCUAAAUGGGCAUUCCUUAUUGGUAUGGAAUUUACAGACUGUGGUAUCCUAUCCAAUUUCACAAAGGAUAAUAAUAAUAACAAAUGUUUAAAGGAUAAAGAUAAUAAGGAAAAAUAUAAUGAUGAAUCGUAUACUACCAAAAUUUUCGAUAUUCUUUAUUCUAAUGAUAUUACAGUCGAGGAAUUAUUAAAAGAAUAUCCUGCAAUUGCAAAUGGACAAAUUUUCUUUAUUAACAUGUUUGCAGAAGAGUUCUUUGGUAAACUAUCACUUGUUUUCCCAAAUUUGAAAUUCUUAAAUGACAACGUUCAAUCCAAUAAAAAAUACUGGCUACAAAAAUUGAAAGAAUCUAAAUAA